GAAGCGACAGUAUCAGUAGUUCGGGUCAAGCAGCCCAGUCAGCAGCACACGUCGCUGUCUUUUAUUCCUUUUUCUUUAAAUUAGCCACUUUAAGCUUCGCGAUACCGCCCCCAAUAUCAGCGUCGGUACGGAGCCGCCAGGCCGGGACAGAGUCGGAGAGAGAGGCCUCGGCAAUGGAAGCGCUCGGACCCGGCCCUCCUCCUGCCCCUCCCUCUCUGUUCCAGCCGCCACGGCGUCCCGGCCUUGGCACGGUGGGGAAACCCAUCCGUCUCCUGGCCAACCACUUCCAAGUGCAGAUUCCCAAGAUUGAUGUCUAUCACUAUGAUAUCGACAUCAAGCCUGAGAAACGGCCACGGAGGGUCAACAGGGAGGUGGUGGACACCAUGGUGCGGCACUUCAAGAUGCAGAUCUUUGGAGACCGACAGCCUGGUUAUGAUGGGAAGAGGAACAUGUACACAGCACAUCCACUGCCAAUCGGGAGAGACAGGGUGGAUCUGGAGGUGACCCUACCUGGCGAAGGGAAAGAUCAGACGUUUAAGGUGUCCUUGCAAUGGGUGUCUGUUGUCAGUCUUCAGAUGCUGCUGGAAGCAUUGUCCGGUCAUCUGAACGAGGUCCCGGAGGACUCCGUUCAGGCCCUGGAUGUUAUCACACGGCAUCUCCCUUCCAUGAGAUACACUCCGGUGGGCCGUUCAUUCUUCUCCCCUCCUGAGGGCUACUACCAUCCUCUGGGCGGAGGCAGGGAGGUGUGGUUUGGUUUCCAUCAGUCCGUCCGUCCUGCCAUGUGGAACAUGAUGCUCAACAUCGAUGUGUCGGCCACUGCUUUCUACCGCGCUCAGCCUGUGAUUGAGUUCAUGUGCGAGGUGUUGGAUAUACAGAACAUCAAUGAACAGACCAAACCUUUGACUGACUCGCAGCGGGUCAAAUUCACCAAGGAAAUUAGAGACGUCUCUCGUGUUGGAGCCAUGAAUCAUGUCAGUCCACCUGGUGCAACAGCUAUCCAAGGCUUGAAAGUGGAGGUGACACACUGUGGUCAGAUGAAGAGGAAGUAUCGGGUGUGCAAUGUCACUCGCCGACCAGCCAGCCACCAAACGUUCCCCUUACAGCUCGAGAACGGCCAGGCCAUGGAGUGCACCGUCGCUCAGUAUUUCAAGCAGAAGUAUAAUCUGCAGCUCAAGUAUCCACAUUUACCCUGUCUGCAAGUAGGGCAGGAACAGAAGCACACUUACUUGCCCCUAGAGGUCUGUAACAUAGUAGCAGGCCAACGCUGCAUCAAGAAACUGACCGACAACCAAACAUCCACCAUGAUCAAAGCUACAGCUCGCUCUGCCCCUGACAGACAGGAAGAGAUCAGCAGAUUGGUCAAAAGCAACAGCAUGGUUGGGGGCCCGGACCCAUAUCUGAAGGAAUUUGGCAUUGUGGUUCACAAUGACAUGACCGAGGUUACAGGGCGUGUGCUCCCAGCGCCCAUGCUUCAGUAUGGGGGCCGGGUGAGUACAGAUACAGGGAGAGACUGUGGCAGGGGACUCUCGCCGCAGAAUAAAACGGUGGCCACGCCCAAUCAGGGCGUGUGGGACAUGAGAGGCAAGCAGUUCUACGCCGGCAUCGAGAUCAAGGUCUGGGCUGUGGCCUGCUUUGCGCCACAGAAACAGUGCAGAGAAGACCUGCUCAAGAGCUUCACUGACCAACUGCGUAAGAUCUCAAAGGACGCCGGGAUGCCUAUUCAAGGCCAGCCAUGUUUUUGUAAAUACGCCCAAGGAGCGGACAGUGUGGAGCCCAUGUUUAAGCACCUCAAGAUGUCUUAUGUCGGUCUGCAGCUUAUUGUGGUCAUCCUGCCUGGCAAAACACCCGUCUAUGCUGAGGUGAAGCGGGUGGGUGACACCCUCCUCGGCAUGGCCACCCAGUGUGUCCAGGUGAAGAACGUAGUCAAGACCUCCCCACAAACUCUCUCGAACCUCUGCCUCAAAAUCAAUGCCAAGUUAGGAGGUAUCAACAACGUCCUGGUGCCUCACCAGAGGCCCUCCGUGUUCCAGCAGCCUGUCAUCUUCCUGGGUGCAGAUGUCACGCAUCCUCCAGCGGGUGACGGGAAGAAGCCGUCAAUUGCGGCGGUGGUGGGCAGCAUGGACGGCCACCCCAGCCGUUAUUGUGCUACAGUGCGAGUCCAGACGUCGCGGCAAGACAUGUCCCAGGAGCAACUCUUCAGUCAGGAGGUCAUUCAAGAUCUGACCAACAUGGUGCGGGAGCUGCUGAUCCAGUUUUACAAGUCCACACGCUUCAAGCCUACACGCAUCAUUUAUUACCGCGGUGGAGUUUCCGAGGGCCAGAUGAAACAGGUAGCGUGGCCGGAGCUUAUAGCCAUCAGGAAGGCAUGCAUCAGCCUGGAGGAGGACUACCGGCCCGGCAUCACCUACAUUGUGGUUCAGAAACGUCACCACACCCGACUUUUCUGUUCCGAUAAGGCUGAGAGGGUUGGGAAGAGUGGUAACGUACCAGCUGGCACCACAGUGGACAGCACCAUUACACAUCCGUCCGAGUUUGAUUUCUACCUGUGCAGCCAUGCUGGGAUUCAGGGAACCAGUCGUCCGUCCCACUACCACGUCCUGUGGGAUGACAACUGUUUCACUGCCGACGAACUGCAGCUCCUCACCUACCAGCUGUGCCACACUUACGUCCGCUGCACGCGCUCAGUCUCCAUCCCGGCGCCGGCCUACUACGCCAGGCUGGUGGCCUUCCGUGCCCGAUACCAUCUGGUGGACAAAGACCACGACAGUGCUGAGGGCAGCCAUGUCUCCGGCCAGAGUAACGGCCGCGACCCUCAAGCUUUGGCCAAGGCGGUCCAGAUCCACUACGACACCCAGCACACCAUGUACUUCGCCUGAACAGGCCAGUCCUCCAUCCUCUUAUCAUUUCUUUGCCAGUCUUUCGUCUUGUCUUUUUUUUUUCUUUUCUUUUUUUCCUAAAUCUUCACCAAAGCGGCUCUUUUGACGGGAUCCGACGUCCAGUAGCUUUAUAAGCGGAACGAGCUCCGACGUUCCUCCCGUCGAGCCGCCUCUCUAACCAGCAAUCUUAGCACUGCGAACCCUGAGGUUUUUCCCCGACGCUCAGAAGAAAACGAACAACACCCAUACACGCAUACUACUAGUUGAGCCAUUAUUUUUUAUUAUUAUUUUUUUUUUCUAUCUGAAUGUGUGCACUCGUGUUUUGAACAUACACUGAGCGACGGAGCGAGCGUCCGCGCACCUCCUUUCCGCUCUCCCAGCUAAGCAGGACUCUGAUCUACUUUUACCUCAAAGCCCACCAGGGCAAAAUCUCUCACAAGGUCUUUGGGUUUUAUCGGGCGG